AUGUGGGGAUCGCCAAAGCCCAAAGACGCGCGGGGGGAAUCGGCGGACCCCGGUAACGCCCUCGUCCCCGCGCAGUCCGCCUCUAUGCAGCAGCAGGGCGCGCAGCCCGCCGAGUUCGUGGACCAGCCAACCGCCACCCCCACCGUGCGCCCCGAGCCGAAGAAGAUCCUCAAGGCGAGGACCCUCGCUGAGGACUUCGCGGCGUCGGGGUGGGGGAAGCGGUUCACGCUGGGGCUCACGUGGUGGACGCCCAUGUCCCCGAUCGUCGGGUACGACGGAGUGGGUAACGCGGUGUCGCGCCUGUGGGAGAACACCGUGCUCCUGUCCGGUCUCAUCGCCUCGCUCGCGGGGUUCGCGGUGGUGUUCCCGAACUCGCAGGUGCUGGAGGCGACGCCCGGGUGGACCACCGCCUACUUCGUGCUGUGGACGCUCACGUUUUAUUUCACCGUCACCUCCGGCUUCGUCGCCACCAUACUCCUGAACAAGAUGUGCAAGUGCGCGCCGCAGAACAUGCCGCUCUGGUUCGCCAAGUUCGGCGGGUUCGUGGAGGUGCCGCAGCUCUUCCUGUACCUCGGCGGGUGGACCGCGUUCGGCGGACUCCUCGCGUGCCUGCAUCCGCUUUACAAGAACGACGUCGCCAUCUACGGGCUCAGCGGCGUUUCAAUCGGGUUGGUCGUGCUCGUCACCAAGAUUUACUCGCAGACGACGGACUUCGAGAAGGCGUGCGCGAAGGUGGCGGCGAAGAACACGACGGGCCCGGGCGUCGGGGACGCCCUGGUCAUGGCGGAUUACAGCAGGCGAAGGAAGGACGCCGGCGAGCAGGUUGACGAGUAUUUCAACUAUUGA